AUGGAACACCAUACUGGGUCAGAAGUAACCACUAACGGAGAGGGAAGUGGCGGAGAUGCAGCGGCGGCUGGCCCACAAUUUCCCUUGAGGGUAAUUGCACUUGUGGAGGGUCACGGCGAAAAUGUCGCAGGCACGCCUUCAGGGCCAUUUGGUUACGUCACGAUGAUUGAGAGGGGGGAAGAUCCAAACAAAGGUCUGCAGACCCUUCCCAUGAUGCGAAAUUCCAGUAUUGCUUAUGAGGUUGCGGGUGAAUCUCUGAGGAGAUAUCGGGCUUCCGCCUCCGCUGCAAUUGUGACAGAGACGCACAGACUUGUGGUUCCUUUUCAGGUCAUCAAAGAGAAUGGCCACACCGUAUCCACCGUACUUCAUUCAGAGGACGACAAAGUGGCCUUAAAGCUACACAGUGGGGCGAGUGCUGAGGGCUGCGGAGAUCCCGCCAUCGCACCGUGGGAAAAUGGAAGGAUGCUCAUGAUUACUCCCUGCGACGUUGGCCACCGCAGAGUGUACGAGUUCGCUGAGGACGGGGGUACAUGGACGGAGGCUCUCGGGACACUCUCACGUGUGUGGGGGAACUCAUGGAAACGAACUGGUCCCGGUGUCCGAGGUGACGUCAUUACUCUCACCAUUGGGGAAAAGAAGGUAAUGCUUUUUGCGCACCCGCUGCAGCUUGGUGCAGGGACCAAUGAUGUGACGGGCUCGCUUCACCUGUGGCUCACAGACGCCAAGAAACAUAUUUUUGACGUUGGGCCGAUAUCAGAGGUUGGCGAGGGUGUUGGUGCCACUUCUCUGUUGUACAAAAGUGAACAAUUGUCCUUGCUUUACGAGAGCGGCGAAAACACGUCCCGCAGCCUCGUUUUCACUUCCCUCAGUGCGCAGUUGGCGCGGAUAAAGGAGGUGGUGAAGACUUGGGAAGAGGUGGACCAACGUGUCGGGAAACUGUGUCCUUCUCCGAGCGGGGAAAAGGCGGCAGCGCCCACGAGAUCCUGCGACGCCGCGGUGCUCACAGAGGGCCUGGUUGGGUAUUGGUCCGGCAACGUAUCUGGCAGCCAAUGGCAAGACGAGUACCUCUGUGUCAACGCAGCAGUAAAGGAUGGUGCAAAAACGAAUGACAAUGGUGUGGCGUUCCGAGGGCGCGGCGCCGGAGCACAGUGGCCUGUUGGUAAGCAGGGGCCGAAUCAAUUGUACCACUUUGCAAACUACAACUUCACUCUGCUGGCGGUGGUGACCAUUCACAAGGUUCCAAAGGGAGGCAGCGGCAUUCCCCUAAUGGGUGUGAAGUUGAAUGGGCCUGCAAGUGCAAGCCUCGUGGAGCUGCUGUACGACGAAAGCCAAAGAUGGAAAGUGGUGUACAAGAAUGAGGCAAAACAAACGCAGGAAAAAUCUUGGGAACCAAAUACACAUCAAUACCAAGUGGCACUGACGCUACAAAACGGCAGGCCGCCCUGUACGUUGACGGGAAGCCUUUGGUUACUGAAGGUGAUGAGGUUCAAAGGGACACAAAGAAGGAAAUUUCACAUCUCUACAUUGGGGGUUUGGGAAGCGACACAGAAGUUGAGGAAAGCGCCAAGGAGAGAGAUGUCACGGUGCGCAACGUUCUUCUGUACAACCGUCCACUGA